AAUGAGUGACUGUAUUCGUCUGAAUAUUUACCCCUUUCCUCGGGUUCUGCAACAAUGCGAGCAACAGUCACGGUGAUCCUAAUUGUUGCUUCUUUGACAGCUUAUUAUGUGUAUAUCCCACUUCCGAAUACGGUCUCCGAACCCUGGAAAUUGAUGCUGCUGGAUGCAACGUUCAGAGGAGUGCAGGAUAUGUGUCAUCUGGUGCAGCAGCUAGGACUUGGCCACCACCUGAAGGCGCUGAAUUUUGUCAUUAAUACAUUUGAGAUGUUUGCCCCACAAUCAAAUGAAAUGGUUGAAGUGACAGACACAACAUUUGAUGGAGUACAAGUCAGAGUGUUUGAACCCAAGAAGAGGCUGAAUGGUGAAUUGAAACGAAGCAUUAUUUACAUACAUGGUGGAGGCUGGGCUUUGGGAAGUGCACGAAUGCGAUCAUAUGACCACCUUUGUCGGAAGAUAACUAAUGUUAUGAAUGCUGUUCUUGUCUCUAUUGAAUACCGUCUUGUUCCAGAGGCUCAUUUUCCUGAGCAGAUUAAUGAUGUUUACAGUGCUACUAGAUAUUUUCUACAGCCUGAGAUCUUGUCACAGUAUUCAGUGGAUCCAAAUCGAAUUGCAAUUUCUGGAGACAGUGCUGGAGGAAACUUAGCUGCUGCUGUAAGCCAGCAGCUUGUUCUAGACAGAAGCAUCACCAUCCAACUCAAGCUUCAAGCUCUUAUCUAUCCAGUACUUCAGGCUUUUGACUUCAAUACUCCUUCUUAUCAACAAAACAUGGCUGCACCCAUCUUGUACAAACAAGUCAUGGCCCGUUUUUGGUUGGAGUAUCUAAAUGGUGACCCAAGAUUUGUCCAGGCAAUGUUGGUCAACAAUCAUACAGCUUCAGACCAAAGUCAGCUGACUUCCAUUCGAGCUCGUUUAAACUGGACAAAGCUAUUACCACAGUCAUUUAAAAAAAACUUCAAACCUGUUGUCCAGGUAAUGGGAAGUCCACAAGUUAUCAAGGAGUUGCCAGCAUUGCUAGACCCAAGAGCAGCUCCACUAAUUGCAGAUAAAGAAAUUCUGCAACUCUUACCAAGGGCUUACAUUCUGACCUGUGAGCAUGAUAUUCUGAGAGAUGAUGGAAUAAUGUAUGCAAAACGGUUAGAAGAUGCUGGAAUAGAAGUGACUUUAGAUCAUUAUGAAGAUGGAUUUCAUGGUGCUAUGAUAUUUGCACUGCCCCCUACCAGUUUUGAUGUGGGAAACAAGAUCAUGAACAACUAUAUAAACUGGCUAGACAAAAAUUUGUGAACAUUUGGUCAGAGUUGGGAAGUUCAAUAGGUAGUAUUACUGCAAGUUCUUUUGAAAAAGACCUUCAUAUUUGUGCAAUGCAACAAUCCAAUGCAAAGUUUUAUUGAGAAAACUGAAUCUGCCUUGUUGGGCUUGAUCUGGGUGUAAUGUGUGUUUUUUGUACUGCAGCAAAUCUGUAUCAGGACAAAGCAUAAUUUGGAAAGAAGUAGUUGUGAUAAUUUUUGGCAAUGUUUUGAUGAGGGCUAAAAGUGAUUUUGGCCUAACCAUAAUUCUAAAAUAAACAUGUUUUUGAAGAAAAUAUCAUUAGUUCAAAAAAGGUGUGUGAUGACUAUGUCACUGAUGGAAAUUGCCUUUUUUGUAAACUUAAGUGUCAUUUUAACUACAUAAUGGUCAGUGAUAUUGUACAGAUUUAUCUUUGUAGACUUGAUUGAAUAUGAAACAGAACUGUAUGCAGUUAAGCAGAAUGCCUAGGACAACCCCCACAAGAAUAGUUUUGGUGGAAUCAAAGAACUAUUGAGUUCCAAGUUGAUUCUACUUACUUGAUACCUAGAAGAAUAAAAAAUAAUUUCCAUAAGUACAUAGGUAAUAGGAGCAAGAGUUGUCAAUUAAAUAAUGUCAUAACUGAUUUUCUGCCUAGCGCUCAACUUCCUUUAUUAUUUUCAUAAUUUUUGGUUCUCAUAGUAUUCCCAAACCCAUCCCUGCCUGGAAUAUUUACAACAUAAUUUUUUAAUCAUAUAUCUAAAUGGCCAGACUGAGUGCCAACUAGGGCGAACAUGUUUAUGCCUCAUCCAGAAAUCUGAAUAUUUCAGUGAGAUUACACUUAUUCCUUUACAUGUAGGGAAUAGAGACUUAGUACCCUCAACCCAGAAAUCAAUCUGGUGAACAUUCAGUGCACAUCCACUAAAACUAUAUUUCUUUAGAAACCAAAAUAAUGUUCUAUAUCUGUUUUUUCACCAAACCCUACAUUAUUGUAGAAAAUACUGAAAGCACUCAGCUUGUCAACAGCAUCUGUGGACAGAGAAACAGAGUUCAUGUCUCAGGUCCAAGACCCUUCAUCAGACUUCGGUUCUGAUAAAGAGCCUCGGAC